CGAGCCAGCCGCACUCACUUCCUAUUCAGCAUUCAGCAGGGAAGGAGCUUCUGAACAGCCGCAGCCACGCCACGUAGGCAUUCUUUUCGCUGGAGGAAAAGACCCAGCAGCUGUCGGAGGAAAAGACCCAGCAGCUGUCAGCCAAGGGAUAUGUCGCAGCAGCCAAGUAAGAAUAUGGGUGAUUCCAGCCCUCCGCCGGAGUCCCCUAAGCCUCCUGUCUAUAGCCGCCCUACGGUUCUGAUGCGGGCUCCGCCUGCUUCCUCCCGGGCUCCUCCAGUCCCUUGGGAUCCACCUCCAAUGGACUUGCAGGCUCCCCUGGCUGCUUGGCAGGCACCUCAGCCUGCCUGGGAGGCUCCCCAGGGCCAGCUGCCGGCCCCGCUGGGUUCGGUGUGUCCACUUCCCCAGCCGCCUGCCUUGGGGGCUCCCAUGGUCCAGGCUCCCCCACUGGGGGCGCCGAUGGCCAAGCCUCCAGCUCCAGGAGUCCUGAUGGUCCAUCCUCCUCCUCCGGGAGCCCCGAUGGCCCAGCCUGCAACUCCAGGAGUCCUGAUGCUUCAUCCUUCGGCUCCGGGAGCCGCUAUGGCUCAUCCUCCUCCUCCUGUAACCCCGAUGGCCCACCCUCCUCCUCCUGGGACCCCCAUGGGCCAUCCUCCUCCGCCUGGGACCCCCAUGGGCCACCCUCCUCCUCCUGGGACUCCCAUGGGCCACCCUCCACCUCCUGGGACCCCAAUGGCCCAUCCUCCGGCACUGGGGGCCCCGAUGGUGCAUCCCCCUCCUCCGGUGACCCCGCUGGUCCCUCCACCCCCACCUGGGACCCCGAUGGCACAUGUUCCCCUUCCGGGGACACCGAUGGCCCAGCCACCAGCUCCAGGAGUCCUGAUGGCCCAGCCGCUGACCCCAGGAGUCCUGAUGGUCCAGCCACCUGCUCCAGGAGCCCCGAUGGUCCAGCCUCCUCCACCGGCUGCCUUGAUGACCCAGCCUCCGCCUUCGAUAACACCGAUUGUCAAGCCUCCAGGUCCUGGUGUUGUGAUGAUUCAUCCUCCGAGUGCCAGAGCGCCAAUCAUCCAGCCUCAAGUAUCAGGAUCACCAAUGGCACACCCAGUGCCCCCCCCUGGGCAGCCACUGGCUUCUUGGGCCCCCCAGGGUCAGCCUUUUAUCCUGCAAAUCCAGUCUCAGGUCAUAAGGGCUCCUCCACAAGUUCCAACUGUACCACAGGUCCCCCAGGUGCAGUUGGCCACAACCCCAGGUUGGCAAGCCACUUCACACACAUGGCAGGGGGGCCCCCAGGGGUGGCAAACGACCCCCUUGACCUGGCAGACCACCCAGGUCACUUGGCAGGCCCCCACAAUCACCUGGCAGGCCCCCCCACCCAUCCGACAGGGGCCCCCACCCAUUCGUCCAGGUCCUCCACCAAUACGACCUGGACCACCUCCUGUGGUCCGCCAGAUGCCACAUGUGAUCCGACAAGCCCCACAAGUGAUCCGUCAGGCCCCACAGGUGAUUCGCCCAGCCCCACCUGUAAUCCGACAAGCCCCACCACUGAUCCGCCCAGCCCCACCACCUAUCCGGCCAGCUCCACAUGGCAUGGCUAGCCAGCCUCAGCUGUGGCAAGCCUUGCCUCCUCCACCUCCACUGAGGCAGGCACCACAAGCUCGGCUGCUGGCCCCCCAGGUGCAAGGUGUGCCACAGAUGCCUAUGGCACCACCUGUUACGCAGGUAGUGGCAGCACCACCUGCUGGCCCGCAGGUGCCACAGCCAGUGCUGCCAACCCCACUGUCUGUCCCAAUGCCUGCCCCCCAGGCUGCCCCUCAGUCUGGCUCUCAGGCUGUGCACUGCCCAUCCAUCAUCUGGCAGGCCCCGAAAGAACAGCCCCCAGUGCCAGAGGAGCUGCCAAUGUCGUUGGAGUUCCAGGAGGUGCAGCAGGCCCAAGUGAUGGGCUGGCAAGCACCCAAGGUGCCCACUCAUUUCUGGCAGCCUGGGCCUGACCAGGAGGAAGAGGAAGAGGACACUGAGGUUGUCCAGGUGGAGCAGCAGCAGCCCUUUCGGGGGUCUCCAGCCUCCCCCAAAGCCCUGCAAACUCAGCUAUCCACCCACCAGGCCCAGCCCACAGGCCCACAGGCAGAAAUGCCUGCAAUGCAGAUGGAGCCUUCUUGGGAAGGCCCACCCCCCAUUUUGCAGGCCCAGCCUGGAGCCUCCAUAAUGCCAACAAAUUUUCCCAGGGGCUCUGAUAGAUCAGUUGUGACUCCUUCAAGAGAAUCCAGGGCCUCUUCUAGAGAACAUAGGGGCUCUUCUAAAGGCCGCAGGACCUCUGCAAAGGAGAAAAAGGGACCUCCAAAAGAGCGCAUGAUCAUAGGUGCCACCUUCUGUGCUCCAAGGGCAGCAUCAGCUUCCAGGGCACACCUACCAACUGCCUGGAAAAACUUGCCUGCCACAUCGGAGCCCUUUCCUGCCACUUCAAGGGUCUUUCCAUCUACCUCUCAUUUCCAGCCUGCCUCUUCUAAUGCCUUUAGAGGCCCAUCUGCCACCUCAGAGAGCCCAAGGUCACUGCCAUUUGCCCUGCAGGAUCCGUAUGCCUGUGUAGAGGCACUGCCUGCAGUUCCCUGGGUUCAGUAUCCUGAUGUGAAUGCCUCACCGGCAUGUAAGGCAGUGCCCACCAUCCUGAUGGUGGCAGCAGCUGCCCCCCAGGCAGCUGCUACUAUCCCAGAGGCCUCCAAGACCACAGAGCCACCACGGCGAUCAGGGAAAGCCACCCGGAAGAAGAAGCAUCUGGAACCCAAAGAGGACAGCUGUGGUCAAAGGAUGGCCACACGUGACUGGCGAGCUACCCGGCCCUGGGAGAAUCCCAGUCAGAAUGACUGGGAAAUACAAAGGGCUGUGCAGCUCCUAGGGGACUGGGAGUACCUCUACACUCCCCAGGGCAUGAAUGCUUGGGAGUGCCCCAGUACCUCUAGGAUCCUGAGUGGCUGGGAGGGUCCUAGCACAUCUUGGGUGCUAAGUGCCUGGGAGCAUCCCAGCACUUCACAGGCCCUAGGUCUCUGUGAUGGCUCAGGUGUGCCUCAGCCCAGGAUCUUCUCUGAGGUCCCAAGUCUCUCUCAGGGAUCCAUUGCCACCCAGGAGGAUCCCAAUAGGGAGGCUCAGCCAUUGUCUCCCUUAGAUGAGAGAGCAAAUGCUCUGGUGCAGUUUCUCUUGGUCAAAGACCAAGCUAAGGUGCCCAUCCAGCGCUCGGAGAUGGUGAAUAUCAUCAUCCGAGAAUAUAAAGGCGAGUGCUUAGAUAUCAUCAGCCGUGCGAACACUAAGCUAGAGUGUGCCUUUGGUUGUCAACUGAAGGAAAUUGACACCAAAACCCACACUUAUAUCAUCAUCAACAAGCUGGGGUACGCUCAGGAUAGUUUGCUGGUGUCCUAUUUAAAGAGGCCCAUGUUUAGCCUCCUAAUGAUGAUAUUGAGCUUCAUCUUUGUGAAAGGGUACUGUAUCAGGGAGAACUUGCUCUUUAGUUUCCUUUUCAGGUUAGGAUUGGAUAUCCAGGAGACAAAUGGACACUUCAAGUGCAUGAAGAAGCUCAUCACCAACGUGUUUGUAAGACACAGGUACCUACAGUACAGGCAAAUCCCCAGCUCUGAGCCAGCAGAAUACGAGCUCCUCUGGGGGCCCCGGGUAUUCCUCGAAACCAACAAGAUUCUUGUCCUGAGGUUUCUGGCCAAGCUCUAUGAGAAGCAGCCCCAGAUCUCUCCAUGUCAUUACGUCGAGCCACAGGUGGAGUUUGAGUGCAAGGACAAAGACGAGGAGCCUGAUGACAGUGAUGAUGAUUCUAAGGAACCCACCAGCAGUCCCCACUAACAGGGGGUACUAAGAUGAACUUAUUUCUUUGGGUCCCAAGCCAAAGGACACUGGACAGUGUGUGUGGGACAUUGUGUUUCUGAUGUUUUUUGCUCCUGUGCCAUGUGUGUAACUUUGAAUUUUCAAUCUGUUUUUAUACCUGCCAACGCUUUGUACAUUUUCAUGUGAUGUUGAUUUAAAUCGCCUACUGUACUGUUUGGUAUAUUGGUGUAUUUUUUAAUAGGAUCUGUGAUUCUUUGUUUUGUAUUACAGUUGUUAUGUACUGACUUUGUGAAAUGAACUGACAAGCUAUUCGUCUUAUUCUGGUAUGUGUGUGUAAAACUGUAACACAUUGUUCUUUGUUAAUAUGACACAUCAGUAAAAAAAA